AUGUCUGAACCAGGUGUAUUACAUCGCUCAGCUGAAAUUGAAGAUUUAACACAUUUAACUGAACAAGAUAAAAAGAAUAUUGAACAAGAAGCACAAAAAGGAAGUGAUCAUCUUCAAUCAGAUCAACAUAACUAUUUAACAACAUUAACAAAUAAAACAAAUGAAACAUCACAAAAACCGUUACAAAAAUCAGCAAGUGCAAUAAAAGAUGAUGCAAUUAUUAUUUCGAAAUCAAUUUCUAAACAGUUUAGUUCAUUUUGA